AUGGGCAAGUCUUCGAAAAUUAUCCGCGUUGGCCAUGACGCGCCGCACCAGCCUGAUAUGGAGAGCGAGAGCAGCUACAGCUUUGUGGAACUGUCCAAGCGCCAGAUGAAGGUCAAAAUUCAGAGCCUGACGGACGACGAGGUCUCGUUCGACCUCAUAGGCGUGGAUGCUGCCAUAGCCAAUGCGCUACGCCGAAUCCUGCUGGCCGAGGUACCUACUAUGGCUAUUGAGCACGUAUACAUCUGGAACAACUCAUCCAUUAUUCAGGAUGAGGUGUUAGCCCACCGAUUAGGCCUCGUGCCGCUCAACGUGGACCCGCGCGAGUUUCAGGCAUUCCCAGAUAAUGAAGAGGCAGAAGCCACUGACGAGAACACUAUCGUCUUCAAGCUCGAUGUCACCUGCACGUUUGACCCUGAUCACCCGAAGGACCCUACGAAAGCGAUUCACUCUUCCGCGUACUCGUGCGACCUUGAGUGGGUGCCGCAAGGAAACCAGGAGGAGCGUUUUGGCUCAAUUCGCCCCGUGCACGAGGAAAUUUUGAUCGCAAAGCUGCGGCCAGGUCAAAGCAUAGCAUUAGAAGCUCACUGUCGCAAGGGCGUCGGCAAAGACCACGCCAAGUUUUCCCCCGUUGCUACAGCGUCGUAUCGCUUGCUGCCCAAGGUAGAACUACUGGAAAAGGUGGAGGGCGCCGACGCGAAGCGCCUAGUCGCUGAGUGCCAGAUGGGUAUUUUCGAUAUUGAAGACAUGUGUGGUGUUCCAACGGCCGUGGUGAAGGACGAACGUUCCUGUACGAUGUGCCGAAACUGCGUCCGCGAUCCUACCUGGAAUGAGAAAAUUCGCCUUGGACGCCAGAGUGACCACUUUAUCUUUAGUAUCGAGUCCGUUGGUAUGAUUAAGCCCGAGGAGCUGUUGCCGGAGGCUCUCAACGUGCUUGCAGAAAAGUGUAACAUUGCAUUAGAGUCAUUCACGCAAGUGGACGAAGACGAAGAAAUGGUCGAGGAGGAAGAUGAGGAGAAUGAGGCCUAG